GGCCUCACAGACUUCCUCUGUGUUUUGGGUGCUUCUUUUUCUUCUUCACCUUCAAGCUGAAACUAUUUCAGUCUCAUACAUUGAUAUUCUUACUUGGUCUUGGAGAGAAAAAGAGAGUGAAGCGAGAGAGGUCUCGUACGUAUUCUUGUUCUUGCUGUUGUUUUUUUGCUACACAAAACAACAAUCACUCAUAUAAGCCACCGCCCAUGGCCACAAGAGGAUUGGUUUUCUGUUUGUUAUCGGGUUUUUCUCUGGCUGUGCUCUCAGCAAUCCUCUUCGCCGAACAAAAUGGCCCAAACCCAUCAAAAUCCACCCUCCUCAGUUCUCCAUAUAUGUCAACCACCGAAAAAGUUUGGCCAAAACUGGAGCUUAAUUGGAGAAUAGUGCUGGCUACGGUAAUAGGAUUUUUGGGAUCGGCUUGUGGAACUGUGGGUGGCGUUGGAGGAGGCGGCAUUUUCGUGCCUAUGCUUACUUUGAUUGUUGGAUUUGAUACCAAAUCUGCUGCUGCCAUCUCCAAGUGUAUGAUCAUGGGGGCAUCAGCAUCAUCAGUUUGGUACAAUUUAAGAGUGCCCCAUCCAUCAAAGGAAGUACCCAUUAUAGAUUAUGAUUUGGCUCUUCUCUUCCAGCCAAUGCUCAUGCUUGGCAUCACCAUUGGUGUUUCCUUGAGUGUUGUUUUCCCCUACUGGCUAAUCACUGUCCUUAUCAUUAUACUCUUCUUAGGCACCUCUUCAAGAUCUGUCUUUAAAGGAGUAGAAAUAUGGAAGGAAGAGACAAUCUUGAAGAAAGAAUUGGCUAAGCAGCAAGAAACUGUGGUUAACUCUAGCGUAGAACUUCUGAUUGAUGCAGAGUAUGAACCAUUGAUUGCUAAAGAACAGAAAUCAGAAUUUCAAAUUAUUUGCUUCAAUCUGAACUGGAGAAGGCUUUUAGUGCUGCUGCUUGUUUGGGUUUCUUUCCUCCUCCUCCAGAUUUUGAAGAAUGAUGUGGCAGUUUGCAGUGCAUGGUAUUGGGUGCUCUUUUGUUUACAGUUCCCCAUAGCACUUGCAGUGUUUGGAUAUGAAGCAGUCAAAUUAUACAAAGAACACAAGAAGCGAAUUAGCACAGGCAAUACAGAAUCAGUUUGUGAGGCUUCUAUUGAAUGGACACCAAUGCAUAUUGCUUUCUGUGCACUCUGUGGUAUCCUAGGAGGCACUGUUGGUGGCCUUCUUGGAUCUGGUGGUGGAUUCAUCCUUGGCCCAUUACUCCUUGAGAUUGGUGUCAUCCCUCAGGUUGCCAGCGCAACAGCAACAUUUGUGAUGCUCUUCUCAUCAUCCUUGUCCGUGGUGGAGUUCUAUUUGCUGAAGAGAUUCCCUAUACCCUAUGCUUUGUACCUCAUGGCAGUGUCUGUUCUGGCUGGCUUCUGGGGACAGUUCUUUGUAAGGAAGCUGAUUACAAUACUUGGAAGAGCUUCGCUUAUUGUUUUCAUCCUGUCUGGAGUCAUCUUUGCUAGUGCUCUCACCAUGGGAGUUGUUGGAAUUGAGAACAGUAUAGCAAUGAUAAAGAAUCAAGAGUUUAUGGGAUUCUUAGGCUUCUGCAGCAGUCAAUGAUCGUUGGCAAUGCUCCCUGCUCUUUCUAGAAAUUAAAUAAAGAUGAAGAUGGAGGAAAUUGAUUGGCUAAGAAAAAUCAAGAAAAGCAAUUAAUUGGAUGGCUGGCCAAUACCCAGUUGACCAACCCAAGGACAAAUUUGUGUUUGCAAGAUUAAAGGGUAUGAUUAGCCGCAUGUUCAUAUGAUGUUUUGAGAGUUAGCUGCUGGCUGACCAUCAAUUAUUGUAGAGUGCAUUAUUGCUUUUCUUUUAAGUACAUUUGUGUUUGUAUCUGUCAGCGUUAGCUUCCGCAAAGGCUGACACUUCCAAUUCAAUAUAUUCUAUUGCUUUCUUUUA